AUGAGUUCAUUCAGCACGAGGGCUCUGACGCUGCUCUCGUCGAUUUUCGGCGCCUGCGGUUUGCUGUUGGUCGGCGUCGCCGUGUCGACGGACUACUGGCUGCUGAUGGAGGAGGGAAUCGUCCUGCAGCAGAACCAGACCACCGAGGUGAAGAUGGCGCUGCACUCCGGCCUCUGGAGGGUCUGCUUCGUGGCAGGACCAGAGAAGGGCAGAUGUGUGGCGUCAGAGUAUUUCACAGAGCCAGAGAUCGAGAUCACGACAGAAAAUACAGCCAAUAUACUGAAAAUGGUCCGAACCGCCACGCCCUUCCCCAUGGUCUCCCUGCUCUUCGUCUUCACGGCCUUCAUCAUCAGCAACAUCGGACACAUCCGGCCGCAGCGCACCAUCCUCGCCUUUGUUUCGGGGAUAUUCUUCAUACUGUCAGGUCUCAGCCUGGUGGUUGGUCUAGUCCUCUACAUCUCCAGCAUUAACGACGAGGUGAUGAACCGACCCAGAGAGCCGGAGCAGUUCUUCCAUUACCACUACGGCUGGUCCUUCGCCUUCGCCGCCUCGUCCUUUCUGCUUAAAGAGGGCGCAGGAGUGAUGUCCGUCUACCUCUUCAUGAAGCGCUACGCUGAGGAGGAGCUGUACAGGCCUCAUCCCGCUCUCUACCGCCCCCGCAUGUCCGACUGCAGUGACUACAGCGGCCAGUUCCUCCAUCCAGACUCCUGGCCUCCAACUCAACGGGGCCGCAGCGCCUCCGAAGUUUCUUCCGACAUCUCCAUCCAGCUCAACCAGACGCCGCCGCAGCCGCCACCCAAGGGGGGGAGCAGCUCCCAGCCGACGCCCUCCUCCUCUGGGCCUUCAUCGGCGGCCAGCUACCAGCUCCAGCCAGCCUCCUCCUCCUCAACCUCCUCCUCUUACCCACACCCCCUCCACCUGGCCGCCACCUCCACCCUACCCAGAGCAACCCACGCCCACGCCCACCCUCACCCUCACCCGAGCGGGCCCCCGCCACAGUCCAUGCCCAUGGCGGCGCCACCCUCGGCCGUGCCCCCUCCCCGCUAUCACACACACAUGCGAAUGAGCGCCUCGCCAUGCUAG